GGUAACCAGUCUUCGCUUCCAAGGAGUAUCAAGCAUGGUAAUCAUCAGUGAAAAUUCAUGAAUGAGUGCAAGGCAGUGCACUAAGCAGGAGAGACAAAGAGGCUACUCUAGUCUUCCUCAGCCAUUACCGCACGUGGCUUCUCCAUCAAGGAGUUAGCGCAAGCUGGAAAUGGCAAAAAGAGAAGCAGAUGAUCACAGAGCAUCACUUUCUCAGUCUUCUUUAUCACCUCUGACUGAAGCCAUGAAGGUAUCACAGCAGAGCAAUGCUGAAGACACCUUCAAUGGAGAUAUCAUUCACCCAAUUUCCAAAUGUAUUUCAAAAGACUUACCAAGAGAGUAUAUGUCAUCCCAGGCAAAAGCAGUUAUUAAAACUACUGAAGAUUAUUUGCAGCCUCAGUUUGGCCCCAACAGACUUUUACAUUCAGCGGCAAUAUCAGAAGGGUCAGGACUUCAAGAUUGCUCCACACAUCAAACAGCAUCAGAUCAUAGCCAUGAUGAAAUAUCAGACCCAUAUCGCUACAAAUCAAACAGUAAAAACAAUUCUUGUUUUAUAUCAGCAUCCAAGAGAAACAGACCUGUCAGUGCUCCAGUGGGUCAACUGAGAGUUGCAGAGUUCUCUUCUUUAAAAUUUCAGCCAGCCCAGAAUUGGCAUAGAUUGUCUCAAAGACGCAAACUUCAUCCUGAAGUGAUUACAGUAACAGCUUACAAAAAUGGAUCUAGAACAGUCUUUACCAAAGUUACAGUACCAACCAUCACCUUGUUGCUGGAGGAGUGCACAGAAAAGCUGAAUCUGAACAUGGCCGCACGACGAGUGUUCUUGGCAGACGGCACCGAAGCCCUCAAACCUGAAGAUAUACCCCAUGAAGCCGACGUUUAUGUUUCAACAGGAGAGCCCUUUUUAGAUCCAUUCAAAAAAAUUAAAGACCAUCUGUUGUUAAUGAAGAAAGUAACUUGGACAAUGAAUGGGCUGAUGCUUCCUACUGAUGUUAAAAGACAGAAAACCAAACCUGAUCUUUCUCUUAGAAUGAAGGGACUUAGUGAGAAGACCUCAGUCCGAAUUCUGUUCUUUAAGAAUGGCAUGGGACAAGAUGGGCAUGAGAUUACAGUGGGAAAGGAAACAAUAAAAAAGGUUUUAGAUACUUGCACAAUGAGAAUGAACCUAAAUUCACCAGCCAGAUAUCUUUAUGAUUGGUAUGGCAGAACAAUUAAAGAUAUUUCAAAAGUUCCUCUGCUUGAAAAAUGCCUGCAAAAUUCCAUCACACCUUUGCGGGGACCAGUUUGGGUCUCUAAGGGAGAAGGUUUCAGCCCCUCAGGAGCCAAGAUGUACAUCCAAGGAGUUCUUUUGGCCUUGUACCAACGACUAAAGUCUGCAAAAAAAUAUUAUACUCAGUUGAACCUUGCUGUAGAUGAACAGAAAGAAAAAAUUACUGAAAAAGCAAUUCUUUCAAUGACAGCAAAGGAACACCAUAAGGCACAAGAAGAAGUGAGCAGGCUGAUUGAUGAAUUGCAGACAGCUAUCAAAAGCAACAGAGGUCAUCUCUCUAAACUUGGCCCCCAAUUACAGGCUGAGCAGGAGCAAUUCUCCUCUUAUGUCUACCAACACAUUAAAAGCCUUCCAGCAAACACUCUUAUCCCAGGAGGCCUGCAGCUCAAGAUAUUUGAAAAUGGUAAAGACACUGGCGAGAUCUCUGUUUGCAUCAGCAAAAAAGACCUGGAGUCUAAUAACCCAACUCAAACUGGUGAUAUGAUGGAAAAAUUACUUCUCAAGAUUCAUCAAAGGCUUCAAGGAUCACCCAUCAACCCAUCAGGCCUCAAUUUUUCUUCAAUCCGGCUUUUUGAUGAGCAUGGUCAAGAAAUUAAGAAUCCACUUUUGCUGAAAAAUGAGCAGAAAAUUUGGGUCUCUUAUGGUAAAGCAUACAGAUCUCCACUUACACCUGUUUUGAGUCUCACCUUUGACCAGGUGACUGCAUUGGACAAAGAUGGCAUUACAGUUGCAUAUAAAACUUUCUUGGACCCUAAUGCUGCUGUUCUACCUGGAUGUGACAAUUGGGAAGUUUGUGAGAGAUUUCCAAUUAAUUUCAACAGUACCAGUCAAGAGAUACCUGAUCAAUUUGAAAAGGUGGACUUGGAGAACCAUUUCCUACAGAACAAGGUGGAUCCCAAUAUUGUCCUUCAUGCCUCUGUUUCCAUCAAAAAGCGGAGCUCCUCCAGUAGGGACACAAGCAGUGGAAGUGAGACCUCACCAUCCAUCCUGUGGCCUGCAGCCAGUGUGUGGCUGAUCACAAAGGCUGGAACGAUCUUGAGCCGGGCGAUAACGCAGGGCUGCCUAGCUAUUGGUCACCCAAUCAGAGUCAAGGCUGCUGAGGGAACAUCACUAGAAGGAUAUACAUUAAUCCUACAGAAAAGACGUAAAGGAGAUAAUUCUCAAAAAUGGGUGUUUGGAACUGACAGCUGCAUUUAUUCUAAGGCUUAUCCACAGUUUGUUCUGACCUACCUAGAGGAGCUCACCACACAAGUGGAUAUGACCCAGACAGAAUAUCACAUUCACCGUGGUGCCCGGACUACAACUCAUCAGGAACAUGGUAGCAGCUUAGCAGAAGAGGUUCUACAAGAAUGUGCUAGCAUCCCUGGUCUGAAGGAACUGCCAGGGCCUUCAGACACCCAUUUAAUGCCAGAAGGUCCUCUUGGGGAGACAAGGCAGCUGACAGUGGCACUGGUGAGGAAACUGGAAGAGAAACAUCCUAAGGCUUCUGCUCAGAGAUGGGCCAUAAAACAUGAAGGAACUAAUAAGCCAGGCCAGUGGAAACAUUCCAGAGUUGAAAACCCACUCUGGAACAAGCUUACCUACAUGUGGCCAGUUCUUCCCAGUGGACAACUUAAUGAGGAGUUUGAUUGGCCAAUAGAAGGACUGCUUAUUCCAAACAGUCCUCCCAUGAAGAAAUCUAUCUGUAAGACCCCAGAGCUGUGUGUCCCUGUGAGGCUCAGAGUUCUACGGAAUGGAGACAAGAAUAAAAACAGAGCCUUUGUUAUAAUUGGUCCAGACAUCUCACCUGGACGGAAAAUACAGUGCACUGAAAUUUUAAAUUUACCUUCUGCAGCCCGGAGAUUGUUCAAUGAAAAAGGAAAAGAAAUCUUUGCCUUAAAAGACCUUCAAAGGGAUGAACUGGUAUAUGCUUCAUGUGGAGAACACUGGAUCAAUCCUGAUGUGUCCACUGCUCAGCAAAAGAAGCAAAUCUUCCUGAGGAACUUAGCAUCAGAUAUUUCUAAAAUCCAAACUUUCUGCAGUAUACGUAAGAUAGAGGCUCUUGUUUUAGAAGUCCAAAGUGACAUUGUGUCUGGAGCCAAGCUUGCUGUGCAUAAACCUGUAGCAAUUUUUGAAGAAGAGAAGCAAAUGAUAGGACCAAAGGAAAAGCAAAUGCAAGAAAAUGCUUUAACAACAGAAAAAGCUUCCAGUGAAAUUCUAGAUUCACAUGCAAGAGCCCAUCUCCGAAUGAAAGCUUGUCACACACUUCUCAGGUAUGCCUGGCAGGAAACUCCUCAUGACUUUGAUGAGGAUGACAGACUUCCAAAGAAAAUGGAAGAAGAACUCUUUGAAAGUGUCGAACCACAGAAGAAACACAGCCAUUCUCCAAAGCAGAGUAAACUGCAGAAGCUUUGCCGCCAGCAGUUUGAAUACAGAGAUGGGCAAAUUAUAAGCUGUGCCGCUCCUCAGCUAGUUUUGGGAGUUCGAGGUCCUGAUCUGCGCUCAGGCACGGAGGUAAUUUUGGUGGAGAAAAAAGCAGAUGAUAGUCAUCAACGAUGGAUGCACAAGAAAGGCAGCAGGACCUUUCACCUGGUGAGUAACCCAGACCUUGUGCUGGCAGUGUCUAUGACCAAAACAAGAAAUGACAUCUGUGGCUAUCCAGUUAUUAUUCAGAAAUACAAACCAUAUAACAAUGGGACAUCCAAUCAAAAGUGGAAUUGUGUGGACGAUAGCAAAUCUUUUGUGGCCUUUCAUAGCACUGCACUGGACAAGGAGAUCACAGCAGCAAAUUAUGCUGGUAUUUGUACAUCCUCUGUGAUUAAAGAGGAAAACGUUGAUCAACCAGGAUACUAUUAUCUUGCACCGACUGGAAAGAAAAAAACAAUGCUCUGCUUAGCGUGUGGACGAUCCAUGAGAGCAGAGAAGGGGCUCCAACAGUUGCUUCCAGGGCUGCCCUUCCUCUGUGCCUCAGGCUCCAAGACCCAGAAGCAGUUCUCACGAGGGCCUUUCAAGGUCAUCAGUGUGGCAGGGGCUGAUUUGUCUUCUUAUGAGGCUGAGAAAACGCUAAAUUAUUAUGAAGAACGCCUGUUAUCUUUGCGGAGGAAGACCUGCACCCAAGUUGUACCUCAUAGUGGUACAGCAGCUACGCACCAGAAGGCAGUGAAAAUAAUUGCAUACAAAAACGGAGGUGGAUAUCGGAAUGGGAAGUUAAUUGUGGCUGGAACAUUCCCCACACUUCUUACAGAAUGCACGAAGCAACUUGGUCUCACCAGGGCAGCCUCCAAAGUAUAUACCAAAGAUGGGACCACGAUCCUUUCCUUAUGUGAUUUGGUUUUAUGGGCGCUAGAGGAGUCUUUCAUCCAGAGAGACACCGAGAAACACAAGAAAGAGGCAGUUCCUGUUCCAACAAAGGAGACAACUAUUAAAAGUAUGAAAGAAAACCAGAGAAUGAAAGUGAAAACCAAAUUGGUUCCAAAGUCUGUGACAUCCGAUACUUUGGAUGGUAUAGAUAAGUCUCUGCUUGCCCUCGUCCUCAGAAAUCCCAUUGCUAUCUGGGUAUCCUGCGGUGAACCAUUUCUAUCUCCAAAGGCUUUGCAGAAAGCAGAAAAAGUAGAAAAACAGAACUGGUUUAAAAAGGACAAAAUUUUGGCUGAUCUAGACACCAUGAAACACAAAAUGAGACUGUUAAAAGGGCGGCGAGUAGCAGCAUGUCAGCCAGCCGCCAUGGUUCCCAACAAAAACCCCAUGCAGCCGGUGGUGGUGGAGGGAGGCUGGACUGAGCAGACUCAAGAGGAAAUUAAACUCAUGGAACUCAUAAGACAUACAGAGGCGCACCUUUCUGCAGUUCAAGUACCACAAGCCAAGACAAACUCUCCAGUUGAAACUACACGUAUUGCACUUGGACAGAGCAGCCUGUAUCAGCAACCGAAUGCAAAGCGCGUGUGGAUCUAUCUAAAUGGAGGCAGACCGGAUGAUGGCACUUAUGCCUGGGGCAAAACUAUUUCAGAGCUGCUGAGUGACUGCUCUUCUCGUCUUAAAAUGGUCCGCCCAGCCACAAGACUGUACACACCUGAUGGAGAACCAAUUCACUCAUGGGACGACAUAGAACGAGACAUGGUCAUCUGCGUUUCCACAGGACAUGGCUUUAUAACCCAAAAAGAGUUAAAGCAACUGAUGGAGGUCAGGGCAAAUUAUGCCAGAAUCCGAAGGCAGCAGGGCCCUGACGCCACAAACAUCACGGUGUCACAACCUCACAAGCUGCAACUCCCGGAAAGAAGACUUUCUUCAUCUACUUGCAAACCAAAGGCUGUGAUAGAAAGGCCAAUUAUUUAGAUUGCCGAAGACCCAAAUUUAGGAAAGUCCCCUUCUAUAAAAGAAAUCUGUGUGAUUCAUUUAGAAAUUUAAUCCUAAAGUUUAUUUUUCAAAGUAACUGAAUUUUUCACAUACUGAUUUUGAAGAAUUACCAACACAGAUAAAUCAGCUAUAAGAUAUUUAUAAAUGAAUAAGAAGACAUGUCAUAGUCAAAGGCAGCAUUAGCCACAGAGACUUUAUAUUUUAAUGAGAUCUUGUUUAUAUUGUCUAGUCUUUCCAGUCUAUAGAGAGGCCUGUUGGAAAAAGUUGCAUAUAUAUUGAACACAUGUUUUGUCUCCCUAACUAGGUAGCAAGUGCCUAGAGGGCAGAGACCCUCGUUUUUCAUUUACUUGGGCCAGGGCUCUGCCCACAAAGACUCCGUGCUAAUGGAGUCCCACUGCAAGAGCAGUGUUAUGGGAAAGUGAGGUGAAGCCAUCCUCCCCUCUCAUGCUAGACCACAAACUGAAAUUACGACAGUACAGUGGGGAUAGACGGUCUGCUUUAUAGAACUUCAUUUCAGUCAGAUGUUCAGGAGCUACAUCCUCAGAGUCAAAUGAAAUCGAGUUAUAGUUGGAUUGUCCUUUCUGCUUUUCAGAGGCAAGAAACACUUCUCAAAAUUGCACAAAUGAAAUAAAUGUGAUAGUGUAAACUAGGCAUCUUAUAGUCUCAAAAACAUCUUUUGUGAUUAUUUGUAUAUUUUGGUUUAAAAUGCAAGUUUAAAAAAAAUCUUUAAAAAAAGAAAAGGUUUUAAGU